CCAUUCCAGGUCCAUCCACAUGGAGAAGAAGCAGAGUAGCACAGCGACCAUGGGGGUUGAUGACUCGUUGAGCCCACGAGUCGACGUCGUGAAGCCUUCAAGGACUGUGGCCAUAAGCGACCAAGCAAACGCACUGGUUCAAGCUGGUGUCCCCGUUAUUCGCCUGGCCACCGGGGAGCCUGAUUUUGACACUUCCGCUCUCAUUGCUGAGGCUGGGAUUAAUGCAAUUCGUGAAGGCCAUACAAGGUACACCCCCAACGUCGGAACAUUACAAUUACGCCAGGCCAUUUCUCAUCAGAAUAAAGAGAAGAUUGAAAUUUGCUGA